AUGAAUGAAGGGAUAAAUUUAGACAUUGGACCAAGCUGGUGGUUCAAACAGCAACCCGGUGGAAUAUCUAUAGUUAAGGCACAAAGUACUAGUUUUAAUCGGUAUGUUGAAAAUGAAUAUUCAAAGUUUGGGAAUCGUAGACUAAUUGGACUCUCUUACAAUGGAAAUAAACUAUCUAAGUUGUCAAUUACAAAACCAUUUGAUAAUAUCAUGAAUGUGACGGUCUACUUUAAUAGGUUAAACAACGUCUUUUUACUCAUGAAAAUUAGCACAUCUGCAAAAAGUUAUUAUUAUACAAACCACGAUACAAAUCAAUCAAUUGGCGAAAAGGCUGAAUUUGAUGAUUUUGUAACUACCGCUAGUCAUGCACUUAGUGAAAUAGAACUCCAAGGCAUACUCGAUGAAUUAUUUAUGAAAGGAAAAUUAGAUUAUUAUGAGUUAUCUACAGGACUAAGAGAAAGACUUGUAAGGGGAGGUGGUGUUAUACUUGAUCUUGCUAAUCACAAACAUGGGAUGUUUUACGUUUCUGAUGAAACGAACAUACAAGUAAUGGUUACAGAAGAUUAUUCUGUCACUGGAUAUAAGGGGGUUCAACAUACUCCAUUUUACUACCAAUUUUGGAUUAAGGGUAUAAAGAACAAAAACGGUGAAGAAAUUAGAGUGGAGGGGCAAUUUCCCAAUUACCCCUUGAAUUGUAUCGUCUACUACCAUGGGGAUGACAAUAGUUACAACAAUCCACUAUUGGUAAUGUUCUAUCUAAAAGAGAAUACUUACGGAGACCCGAUAGAUGUUCCUAGUAAAUAUUUGAUGUGUAAAAACAACCAAAAAAUAAAUUGGGAUGUUCUCAGAGUUAAAGAUUCUAGUAUAGGUGACGAGGAACUUUUGCAGAUACUUGAGAACAUUUCUACAAAUAAUAGACUUCUGGUUGAAAAGAUAUCAGAUGAGAAUCUUAGGGCUAAGCUUGGAGAUAUCACUCGAUAUAUCACUGUUGAUUUAACAAAUACUACCAAGUAUCCAAAGCCCUAUAAUUAUGAAUCCGGUACUAACCGAGCAGAAAUCCCGGUAUAUAUUUUGGUUAUGAAAUAUAUAAACACAUUUAAUACGUUCACUAUUGGGGAAAUUAAGAUGUCAGAUGGAAUUAUCACUGGUAAACAAUUACCCACGCCCGAGACAAAAAUACGAAAAUUAUCGGCCUAUUACACGGACUAUGUGGGCAAAAAUCUGUUUUUAAUAGAAGUUAUCCCCCUUUAUACCAUAUCCAGUGGUUCACAAAAGGCUGUAUAUUACUAUUACAGGGAUAACAAUGAAUGGCGAGGCUGCAAACUUGAAACACUUGUUGAGAUUAGAGAUGAUGGCAGAGAAGACUAUAGGGUCACCCAAAAUUUUGUCAAAUACGUUGUAGAGAACCAAGGUAAGAUAACCUAUGAUGAUCUUAAGGAGCAAGACCUUAUGGUAAAUCUGGAACCGUAUCCAAAGAUAGAGGAAGAAGAAGUCCCUACGGAAAACCCAACUGAGGAACCUACUGGACCAUCAACGCAAACCCCCAAGGAUACUGUUGAUACAGAGUUAACUUCGGCUAAAUUUCCACCUCCCAAAGGUUCUGGUAACGCCGGUGCUAUAGUCGGUGGGAUAAUAGGAACUCUAGUUUGUACAGGUGCUUUCAGCUUUGUGAUGUGGAGGAUUGGGCCAUCAUUAAGGACUUAUAUGGCCGGUAGAGAGCCUCUUCUCUUAUCUACUGUGUAA